AUGGCUCCCAGUCACCGAGCUUCCUCCACCGGCAGCUUCAUCGAGGGCCUCGUCGCCGCUCGCAAGGAACUCGAUAACCUGGCCCUGAGCACCCCCGAGUCCUCGGUAGACGGCUCCGCGGGCUCUCCGGGAACGUCGACGCUGGGCAGCCCCGCCGGCGCUCUGUCGCCGGUCACUCCCAACAACGCCGUGGAUGCCCCCGUGGCAGACAGCUUUGCCUUCGCCUUUGAUAUUGACGGCGUCCUCAUCCGCGGCGGUCGCGCCAUCCCCGAGGCCGUCGAGGCCAUGAAGGUCCUGAACGGCGAUAACGAAUAUGGAAUCCAGAUCCCCUACAUCUUCCUCACCAAUGGCGGCGGCAAGACCGAGGAGGAGAGAUGCGCCGACCUCUCAAAACAGAUGGAAAUCGACAUCUCCCCCGCCCAGUUCAUCUGCGGCCACACCCCGAUGAGGGAGAUGGCCGAGCGCUUCAACACCGUCCUCGUCGUCGGCGGCGAGGGCGAGAAGUGCCGCCAGGUCGCCGAGGGCUACGGCUUCAAGGAUGUCAUCACCCCGGGCGACAUCAUCAAGCACAACUCCGCCACGACCCCCUUCCGCAAACUCACCCCGGACGAGCUCACAAACUCCCGCGAGCGCGACUUCUCCGACGUCACCAUCGAGGCCGUCUUCGUCUUCGCCGACUCCCGCGACUGGGCCGGCGACAUCCAGAUCAUGCUCGACCUCGCCAUGUCCAAGGGCGGCCGCCUCGGCACCCUCUCCGAGACCAUGGACGAGGGCCCGCCCAUCUACUUCUCCCACAACGACGUCGUCUGGUCCGCCGCCCACGACAACGUCCGCCUCGGCAUGGGCGCCCUCCGCCGCAUGCUCGAGGUCAUCUUCCGCGACGUCACAAAGAAGAAGGGCAAGCUGCACACCCACGCCUUCGGCAAGCCCCAGGUCAGCACCUUCGAGUUCGCGACCCGCCUGCUCCAGCAGUGGCGCCGCCAGCAACACGGCCUCGACGCCCCGCCCGACACCGUCUACUUCGUCGGCGACACCCCCGAGAGCGACAUCCGCGGCACCAACCUCUUCGACGAGCACGCCGACAACGAGUGGCACAGCAUCCUCGUCAAGACGGGCGUCUACCAGGACGGCACCGAGCCCGCCUACAAGCCCAAGGCGACGGUCCCGACCGUCCUCGACGCCGUCCGCUACGGCAUCCAGCGCGAGAUCCGCAAGAGGGUCGUCUCCUCCCUCCGCAAGGACAUUCUCGGCGAGGAGGAGUGCCUCAAGGCGCUCCAGGACAAGGACAGCGCUCUGUUCACUCCCCUCGAGGAGCGGAGCCAGCCUAUCCUGGGAUGA